CGGUUUCUAGCUACACUCUAACGCACCGGAAGAAAGGUUUUUCCGAGAAACUUCAAGAGAUGUGAUAAUUAGAUUCAAAAUGCACUCAAGUAACGCAAUGCUGUUAUUUGAUACAAAAAGAAAAACAACUGUCCGAAAAUCCUCAACGAGAAAUUCAGUUGAACCUUUUACCACGUGAUACUAGCUUUCUUUCAGACCUAUUUAAUUAUUUAGGUUCAAGAGUCACUGAAGUUUCUUAUCCUGCAAUGUGCGAAAAAGAUCUUUCAGGUUCGGCAAUGCCAGCGUUACUUCAAAAGCGUGACCAUUAAUUCUGCGAGAAAAUUUGCGUUACCUCGAAAGAGGAUCAGAGGUAAUGGAAACUACAAUCACAUCAUAGAUCGGUGGCACCAGCUUAAUACAAUUAUCAGGUGACAAAAUCUAGCCUGAAAGUCACGAUCAGGAUAACUUUCGGAUAUAAUUCACGCAGUCUGUGCUAGUAGUCGAUGUAAUCAAUAGCUUGCGAUCAAUAAUGGCGGAGCAAGAGCAUCUCGUGCUAAGGGUUCCUGAUGAUCAAAAUAUUGAAACAAUGAGGCCGGCUGUUCGACGAGGGCGAACGUAUCUGUAUUUUCGGUGGGGAAGAGAGCCACAGCUGGUUAGUACAUCCACUCGAAUCAUUCUGAUGAUUUUCAAAGCUAUCUUCUGUUCGCUUGGUUUGUGGAGCCAUCGGUCGUGGAACUACAUCCCUCGUCUUCUAUUUGUUGUAAUUUGUGCUGUUCAAGUAUCCUUGCAAAUCUCUUUUGACCUGAACUGUCCCUACUUCGACUGCAACUUCAAUGAAAAGCAUUCCAACCUCACAGUACUGACGGUCUUUCCAGGAACUCAAAGGGCGUGCUAUUCACUGUUUUCUUUUGCAGCGCUCCUUUCAUAUGUCGUUUUCAUAACAAGUGUGACGACAUUCAGGGGUACAGAGUCUGCUUUGGUGUCACCUUCACGAUCAAUGAUCGAAGAUUGUGACAAAACGGCGAUACUGUGGCUGUUUAUUGGAUUCGUUGGAUUUCUUUCCUCGCUUUUUAUCGGGCUGACACUUCUUUAUUUGAAGUUAUAUAACAAUAACAAUACUUAUCUAAGCAAAUUGUUCAUUGGAUACACCUUAACCACUGUGUUGGCUCACUGGGCUUCAGUAAACACCUGUCACGCCUUUGCCGUCAGUUCUUCCUCUCUAGGCACAAUAGCAAAAGACACUUUCAGACUCAUCCGGAAGGUCGAGAGUGGAACUCUCGAUGACAUCAUUAAAAUUCAUGAGGACUUGUGUACAAUUGUCCUAAACACAGUGUCAGCCUACAAAGUAUGGUUUGUGUUGCAUUGGUUAACAUACGGAGCUGGCAUUCUUGUUUACUUUAUGUUAACAUCUGAGGAACUCUCGGGAGACAAAAAUAGUGUGUCCACUGCGGUCAAAGUCUACAUCUGCCUACUCUUCGUUUGUUUCUUCUACGUUUUCAUACUCCCGUGUAUUUACGCUGCUAGGAUCACAAGCGAAUACGCAGGUAGGAACUGGAGAAAGUUCAAUAGAGUCGUAAGCAGUCACUGUUCACAUGAGUAGAGACACGUGAGCGAUUUAAUUGCCUGUCGCUUAAUAUUUUCAUAUCAGUUAUUGUAAGCCAGACUUUUACCCAGUUGUUUUUCCUUUCUUGGGUGUUUUUCUUUUAGCAUUCCCUCUCUCU